CUGUCAGUCUAAACUAAGCUCUUGUCGUGAUGUCACAGACUCUUUGACCUGGACCAAACCUGCCCUCAGUGGGACCGCCCCCCUCCCUCGCAGCCUCCACUCGGCCACCGCCAUCAACAACAAGAUGUAUGUAUUUGGAGGUUGGGUUCCUCUGGUGAUGGAUGAUGUCAAAGUGGCGACUCAUGAGAAGGAGUGGAAGUGCACCAACACACUGGCCUGUCUAAACCUGGACAACAUGUGUUGGGACUCAGUCUUGAUGGAUGUUCUGGAGGAGACUGUCCCCAGAGCUCGAGCAGGUCACUGUAGUGUCUCCAUCAACUCCAGACUGUACGUCUGGAGCGGCAGAGACGGAUACAGGAAGGCCUGGAACAACCAGGUGUGCUGCAAGGACCUGUGGUACCUGGAGACAGAGCGUCCCUGUGCUCCCUCUCGGGUGCAGCUGGUCCGGGCCAACACGUCGUCUCUGGAGGUGAGUUGGGGCCCGUCUCAGACGGCGGACACGUACCUGCUGCAGCUGCAGAAGUACGACAUUCCUGCCACACCUGCGUCCAGCCCCGCCCCCAACCCUGUGCCCACGGCCACUCCUGGAGUCAGCUCCCCCAAGAGUCCCGCCCCCGUUGCGGUGGCAUCGGCCAACCAGACGGUCACGCUGGUCCCCUCCAAUCCUGGAAGCCCAUUGGCUGCUGCUGCAAAAGCACCAGCUGUCCUGAAGGUGGCAGCAGCUCCAGGUUCUGUGGGCGGAGCCUCCAUCAUCACAGUGAGACAGGCCACACCUAAAUCCCCAGUUGCCGCGACAACACUUCCUGCAGGCGUUCGUAUGGUGGCACCUGCUCAGUCUGGACAGGCGACGCCAAUAGGCAGCAGCCCUCAGAUGAGUGGAAUGGCGGCACUGGCAGCAGCGGCGGCAGCGACUCAGAAGAUCCCCCCAUCGUCAGCGGCGGUGCUGAAUGUCCCUGCAGGAGCCACGAUUGUGAAGACGAUGACCGGGAGUCCAGCAUCCAGCAGCCUGCCAAUCAAAGUGGCCGAUCCUGUUACCAUGGUGACCAGCCCUGCCACUCGGAUGUUGAAGACCGCUGCUGCUCAGGUGGGCGGGGCCUCGGUGGUCUCCACUCCUGGCACCCCAAGCCGACCGGUCAUCACAGUCCAUAAGUCGGGGACAGUGACGGUCUCCCAACAAGCUCAGGUGGUGACCACGGUGGUGGGUGGAGUCACAAAGACCUUCACUCUGGUUAACAGUCCACUCGGUGUGGGAGGAGGCGGUUCUCUGAUCAAUAACCUGGGAAAGAUGUUGUCAGUGGUUCAGACCAAACCGGUUCAGUCAGGAGCUGUUACUGGUCAGGCUGGCAGCAGCUCCAUCGCUCAGCUGAUCCAGAAGGGCGCUCUUCCAGCAGGAACCAUCUUGAAGUUGGUGACGUCUGCAGAUGGAAAACAGAAGACCAUCCUCAGCACAGUGCAGUCAGGAUCCACGGCGACCAAACCCACCAUCCUUGGUGUCUCCCCGACAACCGCCAAACCUGGAACCACCAUCAUCAAGACCAUCCCAGUGUCUGCACUGCACGGCGGUGCAGGUAGAAACAGUCCAAUCACCAUCCUCACCACUAAGGGGGUAUCGCCAGGAACUAUGGGUAAAAUCAUCACCACAGUCCCCAAGAUCACUGCAGGAGGUCAGCAGGGGGUCACACAGGUAGUGUUAAAGGGAGCUCCAGGUGUACCUGGUACCAUCCUCAGGACUCUACCUAUGAGUGGAAUCAGACUGGUCUCACCCGGAUCCAAACCUACUGUCGCCACUCUGGUUGUCAAGCCAACCACAGGAGUGUCCAGUCUGGGGACAGUAACAGGAAGUGUCUCCAGCCCGCUGGCAGGUAGAGCCACUGCUUCUGCCAACGCCUCCCUGGCUACGCCCAUCACCACCCUGACAACCAUUGCUACUCUUGCCAGCCAGGUUACCACGGCAACCGCCGCUGCAGCAGUACCCACACAGGUGACUCUGAUCACAACUCCGAGUGGAGCUGAAGCUCAGCCACUGGUCCAGGAUCUGCCCGUCUCCAUCAUGGCGUCUCCUACAUCAGAAGAACCUGGAAGUGGUACAAGUACUGCAACAGUAGAAGAGUCUGCAGACACUGAGACAGCGGUGACGUCUGUCUGCUCCAACCCGCCCUGUGAGACUCACGACACGGGGACAACCAACACCUCCACCGUCGCCACAGCAACC